AUGUCUGCACCGGACCGGAUGUACCUAGAAGGUAAACGUCAACUUCCUGACGACACUUUUAAACCGAAGCGCCGCCCUGAUGAUGAGCAGAAGAAGUGGGGAGUCUUAAAACCCGUUCAUGGGAACAGUCAUCCUGAAAUUGAGUUAGUUGGUCACAUUUUUCCGAUCUCGAAGAACACGACCAACAACAUAUCGAUGUCCGUCUUUGUUGAUUGUAAUUUUGUGUUUGACGAAGAUCGAAAUAAAGGCUUUGUUGAGGUCACCAGUCCUCUUGGGUGUGUCUACGUCAAUCAAAAACCCGUUCGGAAGGGGCACAAUCGCGAGAAAGUGAUACUUGAAGAUGGCAAUGAGAUCGGCUUUUACUUCCAAGAGCCUUACAUCUUCCGAUUUUAUUACUACGACGGGGAUAAUGCAUGCCAAUACCCCGAAGAAGUCUCAGAUGAAAAGCCACGACAAGCACAAAAGCAUCGACAAAGCGCAACUACACGGAUGACACAAACACCGUCAAUCACUGAAUUGAUCAAUCGACUUGUUUAUCACCCAAACCCUACUUUAGAAGACAAUUCAGACGUCUGGAGCUUUGUGCUGGACAACGUGAAGACGCAGCUGAGGACCCAAUUCGAAUUUUGUUUGACGUCGUCGGACGAAGAGGCCGAGUUCUUUUCGAGGAACAAAAGUAUAGCGCGAACUCUGUUAGUGACUGCGCCCACGGGGGCCGAUUUGUUCUUGAAAAGACUUUUAAAGCGCGUAUCCGACGAGAUGAAUGUGCCGAUGUUAGAGAUCGACUGCACAUUACUUGGUGCGGUUGAUGGAGUCGAGCAAGAGUGUUCGAAGAACUUUCAAACUGGUGAUCGUGUGAAGUACAUAGGUAAAGGGAAAAGCACGAAUGAGGAGUUAUUAGGCCGAAUUGGGAAAGUGUUGUAUGUUUCUGAUGGGAAGGUAGCUGUGAAUUUUGAGAGCAAUUCGAAUGAGUAUAGUGGAGCCUUUGUGGAAGUUGAUUUACUUGGUGGUGUUGAUGAAGAAGUCCCUAAACAAGACCGCAGACUGAUUGGGCGACUUCCUGAGAUAUUAAAUGCAGUACCGAAGAUGAUUGUUGUCUUACAACGCGUCGACGAAUUCUUCCAGACGAAGAGCGAUGUCUCCACUGAGAUCCGAUCGUUCAUUAAUGACUUCAAAAAGCGCACACGAGGGAUUUUAGUUGGGUGUUCAGCGUCAUCUUCAGCAGUGAAGUCUGGGCAUGCGAAACAGAUACCCCAAGUUGACCCAGGGCUGUGUAUGUUUGGGGAGAAAGAAAUGAAGAUGGUUGAUGGGUAUGGAGUGAAGGGCCAAAGUCAUGGGAAGAGCAUAUCCAAAACCCUUUCGAAGAUGUUUGGGAACACGAUUAAUAUAGCGACGCCGACGGGGGAGUCCGCGCGUGGGUGGUGGAUAAUGAUGCAAGAAGAUGGGAAGAAGAUGCGAGGGGAUCGUUCGAAGAAGAUGUUAAAGAGUGAGAUUAGUCGGUAUGGGAUAGAGUUAGAAGAGAAUGAGGACAUUUCUAUAGACAAUGAAAUUAAGAAGGAAGAUGCGGAGAAGAUUAUUGGAUGGGCGAUAGGGAAAGAGAUCUCAACGAGCAACGAGAAGGUUAAAGUGAUAAAGAAGGAGAAUUUGUUGGGAGCGAUUGAGAUGGAGAAAUUAUUGAAUCCCACGAAAGACGCUGUUGAUAUGUUAGAAGCGGAGAAUGACUUUGAGAAGAAAUUGAUGAGCGAUGUAGUGAGAAGUGCUGAUGUAGAUGUUUCAUUUGAUGAUAUUGGAGCACUUGAAAAGGUCAAAGAAACACUGUAUGAUAGCAUCACUUUACCACUGCUCCGACCAGAACUGUUUAAGAAGGGAAGUUUGACGAAGAGAAGUAAAGGCAUCUUAUUCUUUGGCCCGCCAGGGACGGGGAAAACGAUGUUAGCGAAAGCCGUUGCGAAGGAGUCCAAAGCGAAUUUCAUCAAUGCGUCGUUGUCGUCACUUGAAUCGAAAUGGUUUGGUGAAGCGGAGAAGUUUGUGAAAGCGCUGUUUUCACUUGCGGAGAAAUUGUCGCCGUGUGUGAUAUUUAUAGAUGAAGUCGACGCACUGCUGGGGAAGAGAACGUCACAAAAUGAGAACGAAACGUUAAGAAAGAUGAAGAACGAAUUUAUGACAUUAUGGGAUGGACUGAAGUCGAAGAAUAUGGAACAAAUCAUCGUGUUGGGAGCGACGAAUCGCCCGUUCGAUUUGGAUGACGCCAUUUUGAGGCGAUUCAGUCGGAGGAUUUUAGUUGAUUUACCAACAAAAGAAGACCGAGAAAAUAUCUUGAAAGUGAUUCUAAAGGGAGAGAACACUGCAGUGGAUAUCUCGAAAAUAGCGGAAAAGACAAAUGGAUACUCGGGAUGCGAUUUGUUCAAUUUGUCGUGUGCGGCGGCAAUGAGACCACUGCGCGACUAUUUGAAAAGUGAAGAGAAGAAAGGAGAGAAGGAAGUGAUGAAGAAAGAAGAGAGUAAAAAGAUCGAUAUUCGACCUAUUGAUGAUAACGACUUCUUGGAAGUACUUUCGACGAUGAAUCCAAGUACUAAUAAAGACUCUCCGUUACUCACAGAAACAAGAAAUUGGAACGAACAGUUUGGCGAAGGAAAGACGGGAAGUUCAGAGAUUAUUUCAUACUUCAUUUGA